UUUGACACCAAAAAGACAUAAAUAAACUGCUCCAAUUCUAAACACACUUAUAUCAAACUUAAUCAUUUCUUCACCGUUAAUUCAUCUCACAAUAAAAGCUAUUUUUCUUUUCAUGCUUUUUCGCCGCGUAGCCACCACAGAUAUAGCAAACCCCUCCCUCCCCAUUUGGUCACUCAUUCUCAUCCAUCAAAACCACUUUUCCUUCUUUUCUUUUUUUUUCAAUUAAUAAUAAUAAUGGGUAGACGAAAAGGAACUUCUGAUUUCACUCUCUUCCAAAGGAAUCGUCAUUCAUCUUCUCUUCCUUCGGCUAUUCGAUGCCCUUCCAAGAUGGAGCUCUUGUCAGACGAGAACCCUUUGUAUUCCGGUGAUCAAGGUGCACUCGCUCUGCCAUCUGUAUUAGAUAUAACAGAUGGAUCUAUGAAGCUAAUUAAUACGCAUCCUGCUAUGAUGCAUCAUCAUCAUUCUCAGAAUCUUGGUCGUUCAAUAUUUUUGAAACGAUCACGGUAUUACUAUGGUCAUCAGUAUUCUCGACGUAACUCUGCCAAUCAUGCCAAUGCAUCUUCUUCUUGCAGCAAGGGUUCUUCUUCUUCUUCUUCCUCAUUUGAUGACAGGCUCUCGUUCAAGUUGGCUCCACAACCGAACUCACAACCCAGACAACAUACAGAGUAUCGAGAGAAGACAUGUUCCAGGCCAGAGAGAAUCCGAUCAAGUUCCUUCUCAACGGAUUCAGUAUCACAGGACGUAGUGAAGAUGGUUUGCAUGAUAUGCGAGAAGCCACUGAGACAGAAAUUUAAUUUUAUGGGGAAUUCACUGUCUUGCAAUGAACUUGCAGUUGUAGCAGUUUUAGUAUGUGGUCAUGUUUAUCACGCGGAUUGUCUCGAGCAAAGAACUAACCUCGAAGAACUACGCGAUCCGUCAUGUCCUAUAUGUACAGGUUUACUCUUGCAGGAUCAUGAAUGUAAAGAACAAGAAUAGUUUUCAAGUAGAUGGAUAUUACAACUUCUUCUAUGGACUAUGUAGAUGCUGACUAUAUCAGGAUCUCUGCAUUGUCCUUAGAAUUUGUGAAUAUGUGGUAUACUUUUAAAAUUCAUUAGGCUUAUAGGGGAUUGUAAAUUUGUAAUAUUAUUAUGUAAAAACUGAGUGGUGAUGCAGAAAUUCUAGUAGCUGUAAAUGUUUUAGAGUUUAAAGGAUAUAAAGUUGAAAUAAUUGGUUUGA